CUCCCAGUGAUGACCUGCCUCGUUCCCUCUCUCUCUCUCUCUGACCUUCUUGCCUUGUCUUUCUCACACUCUCUCUCUCCCGCUCCCUCUUGCCUCUCCUCCCAGUGAUGGCCUGCCUCGUUCCCUCUCUCUCUCUCAGAUCGCAGUUGCUGACCUUCAGCCCAUCCUGAAGAAGCUGUUGAUGGCUCUGGCGAUCCGUCAGAAGUACAUGCACCGUUCGCUGCAGAGAUUCCCACGCACCACGGCGCAGACCCUCAGGGAGGUGAGCGGAGGGCACUGGACUGAGCAGGAGGACAUCCAGCCUGAUUUCACCUGCUACCCUGGGGACGUAGCAGAGGCCCUGAGCGAGGAGGGGCUUCCAGCAGACCUGCCAUACUCCCUGCAGCUGAGCGGUGGUGUCUUCACCCUGCUGGACCAUCGUGGGAACCUGUACAAGCCUGGAUCCCUCAGCUAUCCCAACCACUCCGAAUACACCAGGGACCUGAAAACCCUGCUGGAGAUCAUCUCCGACGGGCCACUGAAGACCUAUUGCAACCAGAGACUGAAGAUCCUGAACUCGAAGUUCCACCUCCACUUGCUGGUCAACGAGAAGAAAGAGUUUGUUGACUUGCUAGUGGCCUCACACAGUGACUUCUACAAUGUGGCCAAGGUAGACACCCAUAUCCACGCGGCAGCCUGCAUGAACCAGAGGAACCUCCUGCAAUUCAUCCGGAAAACGUACGAGCAGGAUUUGGAGCGGGUGGUCCAGGAGACCGGUGGGAAGAAGACCACACUCCGCGAGCUCUUCCAGAAGCUCCAACUGAACCCGGAUAACUUGGACCUCGAUGCACUCAACAUGCGCGCGGACCGGGAAACGUUCCAGCGAUUCGACAGGUUUAACCAGAAAUACAAUCCAGUGGGAGCCAACGAACUCAGGGCCCUGUACCUCAAAACCAAUAACUACAUCAACGGAGAAUACUUUGCAACACUGCUCAAG